UCAACGACACCGUAGCGUAGCAGCGCGUCCUGCCGCCAUGGAGGUGCUCGUAACCCUGAAGGUGAAUUUCAGAGGGAAGACGGCCAGUUUGCUCGUGUCGGAUCCGGAGAAAUCCAGUUGGGAGUCGGUGGAAGCCAUGAUUAAAGGGUCUUUCGCCUUGAGCACUCUACAAGUUACAUAUUUUGAUGAAGACAACAAAGAGGUAUUCAUCAGUUGUCAAGGCGAAUAUGAAGAAGCAUUAAAGACAGCUCCAAACCAAGGAAACAGGCUGCACAUGAAUGUAUAUGAGACAAAAGGCCCCGGGGUCACCAGCGAAGGCUGCGGUGGGCGGAGGGUUGCUGUCAAGCCUGCCCAGCGUGACAACUGCUCGGCUAGGGUCGCGGGAGAGAGAAAACAGGCUGUUGUACCCGAACAAGGCAUGAUGGCAAAAAAGACAGUGGCAAGCAAAGAAGAUAAGACUCCACCAGCCUGGUUUAUAUCCUACAUGGAGAAGUUCAAAGACCAGGUGGUGAAAGAAGCCGUGGAGAAGGUUUGCAGGGAGUUUUCAGGCCAGUGCUGUAUCCAUAAACCCUUCAGAGAAGACUCGCAGACUGUGGACCCCAGCCAUUCCACCACCCUCGACUGCAGCAGUUGCCAGAACCAAACGUCAGGGGUUGGUUACCAUUGCAGCGUUUGCAGAUCCUGUACUCUGUGUGAGCCGUGCAGUUACGCACAUGACCCCAGCCAUAGCUUAGUGAGAGCCAGGACACCUCUUUCUGUCCCCGAACGUGGGUCACCAUAUGUGGAACACAUCAGGUUUCAAAGGCGAGGAGACAGGAGUUUCCGCAAGGCAGAGAGGCAGCGCCUGAAGGCAGAGAAGCGACAGCUGAAGGCUGAGGUGAAGGAGAUGAAGAAGCAGCUGAGAACAGCUGAGAGAAGAGAACAGCACUGGAGUACUGCUGAUGAUGGGGGUGUCCGUCCGGUUUUGCUCCAGCCGCGGAGCAUCCCAACCACCGGUCCAGGGAAUCCCAGGGACUUCUGCUCCACGGUGCUGCCCACCAUGAACGCCCUUUUGUUGGACGAGAACUUGCCAGAUGGGAUUCAGAUGAAGCCCGGAACAAAAUUUGUGAAGUACUGGAAGAUGAAGAACACUGGGACCAUCUGUUGGAAUAGCGAGACCAAGCUCAAGUUCUUGUGGGGCAACCUGACCGUGGCAGCCCCUGGGGAGCGCACGGAGGUGACCGUUCCUGUUCUGCAGCCAGGACAGGUGGGCGUGGUGAGCGUAGCCUUCAGUGCGCCCAUGCAAGAUGGAACUUAUAUCUCCCACUGGCGCUUGGCACACGGCGGAGAGAAGUUUGGACCCCGGGUGUGGUGUAGUAUUGUAGUCGACCAGCUUGCCCCAGCCAGCACUCCUACCAGCUGGGAGCUCGACUCUCCGUGCACCAGAGUUAAGGAGAAGGGAGCUGUUGCCCAGGAAAAGGAGACCAAAAGAUGCCCCACGCCCCGACACUGCAUGCAGAUGUGGAUGGAUCUGGACUGCAAGCAGGACUAUAUCCCCUCUGUGGACCUGCUGACAGCACAGGACCUGCUGUCCUUCGAGCUCCAGCACAUCAACAUUGUACAGGAGCUGGAAAGUGUUCCAGAUGCCAACAUUGUCGACGUGAAGCUGGAGAGACCAAAAGAGUUGGGCCAUCCUGGACUAGGAGCUUGCCGCUCUGACUCCCAGGACAUGAUAUCGCUCAGGGAUAGCAGUGCGACUGCGGAGCAACAUGGUGUGAACGCAACUCGUGCAGCCGCUAAUAUUGAAGCCAGCGGUGCUGUCAUCCCUCCCUCUUCAACACUGGUGGAGCAGUCCGCUGCAGAACAAGCUGUGGAACCGAAAGUGAGUGUAACCAACUCCAGCGCCCAGGAGGAGGAAAGCAGCGGCACCGGGGACAAGCCCGACGAGAGUCGCAGCCCGGCCUCCUCGGCCUCCUCUGAGGACUACGUCAUCAUUCUGCCUGACUGCUUCGACACCAGCCGGCCGCUAGGCGAGUCCGCGAGCAGCUCAGCGCAGCCGAGGCUUGGCGGCGACUCCGGAACCGGCACGGACCCAGGGUUCCAACCUCUGAGGGACGGAGCCCCUCGCGGUAACCCGGAGAACACGACCGCGUCCACGCGACGCUCCGUCACCGAACCGCUGCGUGCCUCCCAGGCCCUGGUCUCCGCGACGAUGACCACACCCUGUCAGAGUUUACUCACCCCAAAGAAUGCAAAUGAGCACGGACCUAAAUAAAACAGUGGCAAGGAUUAUUCGAUGAAGCUUUGUACAUUACACACAGCAAGUAGUCACACUUAGUUGACAUAGAAUCACAGGUGUCAAUAAUGCAAACAUGUUACGAGUAGUGAACUAAGUGGUAGUUACCGAGGCUGUCGCCAUUUUUUAGCCAAAGCAAAAUAGUUAAAAUUGGAUGUUUAUCUUGUAAAUUUAGACUAUCUUGAAAUAUGUUAAAUUGAAUAGGGGCAGCUUCUUUUUUUAAUAGGUGAUUACUGUCUCGUGCAAUAGUUUUAAAGGUUCCUAACAGAACAUAGAGAACAAAUAAUUUUGCCCCAGUCAUAGCAAAGAUUCCAAGUCCUGAUAGUUUUUUUAAAUUUUUUUUUUUUUGGGGGGGGGGGCGUAUAUUCCUGUCAGUACAUAGUUCAAUUUACUGGUAGAUAGAUAGCCAGUUCUUCAUUGAAGGAUGGUGCAAGUAUAUUUCAAACUCAAAGGGAAAUGCAAAUUCACUCUUCAUUUGUCAUAAGGAACAGUUAAUGUUCUUAGACCUCUCCUUUUCCUAAUUUUACCGUGUUAUUUGUACCAAUUCUAAAAUGGAAGUGCAAUAUUAUGCCAGCUUUUUCUUAUUCUCUGUAAGAAGGAUUUACAUUGAUGUGGAUAUUUUUGGAUAUUUUUUAACCUUCUUGUAAAUGUUUGCAGAGCUGCUAUCUUUGGCCUGACGUUUGGAGUGAGACUGUGGCUAUUCUUGAAAUCGGUGUUAAAUAGUUUCAGGAAUUUUUUUUUUUCCAUGCUGAAAUCUGUGUUGCAAAAUUGCCACAUGAUUUUAAGGCUCCCAAAAACAAAUCUGUCCUGCACUAAUAGGGAAAAUGGUGUAAAUAUUACAGGUGGUAGAAACCAUUAGCUGCUGGCUGUCUUUUAUAAAUGAUUUUGUAAUAGUGUCGCAGUGUGAGUAUUAGCUGACUACUUGGCUACAUGUUCUUUGUUGUAGCUGCAUUGCAUGUUGUUUGGCUGCCUCUUGGUUGUGGUACAAUUUCUAAAAAUAUAAUCACAAGUGGUUAUGGGACAAACCGCUGUACUUGAAAGCAGAAAAAUUUGCUUGAGCAGUAGUAAUAGUCCUUCUCGAUCCUACAUAAGGAAAAAAUUCUUUAAAAAAAUCCUUGAACACUUUUGUGUUUACUUUUUCAUUAAUCACGAAUCUGUGAAGUUACAUCAUGCUGCACAUGUUGUUAAUGCUAUUUGAGCUGGUCAGUACAUUCAUAAAAAUAAUAGAGCAGAAAGUAAUGCACUAUUUACCUGCUUUAGAUUGUCUGAAGGCUUACUGAAAAACUAAGCAUGUUAAACUGUAUUAUGAACAAUGUGGUACACUUAAAAUCAGUUCUCUCUCCAUGCAGCUUAUUUGGUAAACACAGAUUUUAAAAAGUCAAAAUUUACAAUAAAAAAAUACUUGUGUGCUACACAAAGGUCCUCUAUGGCUAUAGAUAACAUUUUUCAUGUUAAUACUGAACAAAAAGUGAAUAAUUAUACUACCUAUAAUUCCUGCUGAUAGUGGAAUCAAACCCUCUGAGGGUAAAAGUUUGAAAUUCAAUGCUAGCUACCAGGAGCAGUUUGCACUAAGCAUUUAUCGGCACAUUUGCAAGAGCAAGUGGGGAAGAAAUGGACCAAUUCUUUAUCCUGGGCACUAAUUUUAAUUUCUUUUGUAUAUAAUUUGAUAAUAAAACAGUGGUUUUAUAUAAAAUGUGCACAUUUCUUGCAGCCUACAAUCAAUUUCCUGAGUAUUCUUGUAUGCUGGUUUAUUGUAAGGUAAAUGAGAGAUUAACCUGAGCACUUGUAUUUCUGUGUGUACUUCUUGUAUUGUUUCUUUGCAAACCUUUUGAACUAAGGCUUCUUAGUCAACCUUACAUGUUUGUGUCAAAGACCUCUUUGGUUUAUGUGCUUAAUGUACUUGUUCCUGUUCCUCCUGUAGAAAAAACACAUUUAACACUUAACAAUUAAAUUAUACUAAAAUGUAAAC